GGCAAAGGUGAAGAAAGGUGUAAACAUUCUCAGUGCAAAGACAAGUGACCCCCGACAGUGGGACGUGAAACAAGAGGUGGGGAAUGGUGGAAAGCAUUCAACCACAACAGUUAUUUGUCAGAGGAUAGCACCAAGUUCAAGGAACAGAAGUAACAGUUUAUUCAAUGAGGUCGUGCAGAUGAACUUUGAAAUAGCCAGUUUCAGCAGCCUUUCUGGAACACAGCCCAUCACCUGGCAGGUGGAAUACCCUCGGAAGGGGACAACAGACAUAACCUUGUCCGAAAUCUUCAUUUGCCAGAAGGAUCUUGUUGGAAUUGUUCCAUUGGCGAUGGACACAGAAAUUCUGAACACCGCGAUUCUCACAGGAAAAACAGUGGCAGUGCCCAUCAAAGUGGUCUCCGUUGAGGAGAACAGCGCUGUGACAGACAUCUCUGAAUCAGUUGAGUGCAAAUCCUCUGAUGAAGACGUCAUUAAAGUUUCUGACAGAUGUGACUAUGUUUUUGUCAAUGGCAAAGAAAUGAAAGGCAAGGUGAAUGCACUUGUGAACUUCACAUAUCAGUAUCUGGGUGCCCCUCUCCAAAUGACAGUCUGGGUUCCACGCCUGCCGCUUCAGAUUGACAUUUCGGACACAGAACUGAGCCAAAUAAAAGGCUGGCGUGUCCCCGUUGUUUCCAACAAAAGACCCACCAGAGACAGUGAUGACGAGGAUGAAGAUGAGCGGAAAGGAAGAGGAUGCACUUUGCAGUACCAGCAUGCCAUGGUGCGAGUCCUCACACAAUUUGUAGCUGAGGAUUCUAGCCCUUGGGGUCAGCUGAGCUACCUGCUGGGCUCAGAUUGGCAGUUCGACAUUACAGACCUGGUGAUGGAUUUUAUGAAACUGGAGGAUCCUCACAUUGCCAAGCUGCAGGAAGGCAGAAUUCUGAUCGGACGGGAAGUGGGAAUGACAACAAUGCAGGUUUUGUCUCCGCUGUCCGACUCCAUCCUGGCAGAGAAGACAGUGACUGUGUUAGAUGACAAAGUGACCAUAACAGACCUUGGAGUCCAGCUGGUAGCUGGGUUGUCACUCUUUCUUCAGCCAAGUGCAGCAAGUAGUCGGGCUAUUGUGGCUACAACCGUUGCCCAAGAACUACUUCAUACUCCUAAGCAGGAAGCUGUAGUAAGCACCUGGAUUCAGUUCAGUGACAGCUCUGUUACUCCGCUGGACAUUUAUGACUCCAAGGACUUCUCCCUGUCUGCUGUAUCAUUAGACGAAGCUGUUGUCUCGAUCCACCAGAACGCUGCCUUAAAAUGGCCAGUUGUGGCAGCAGAAGGUGAAGGUCAGGGCACAUUAAUCAAGGUGGACAUGAUGAUUUCUGAAGCCUGCCAAAAGUCCAAGAGGAAAAGUGUUCUGGCUGUGGGGAAUGGCAACAUCAAAGUCAAGUUUGGCCAGAAUGAUGCAGACUCCGAUACAGGUGGAGAUUAUGAUGCUGAUGAGAUUGAAAACCAUGCUAGUGACCGGCGGCACAAAGUGUCUGAUCAGGAACGGUAUGGCCAGGAUGGACGAUAUUAUGGUAGCUCUUCAGCAGAGCGAGAGGAAGGCGCCAUCAGGAAAGUCAGCACCACAGCAAAAUCCGUAAUAAAAAAUAAAGUAAUUAAAAACAACAGGCUGGAUGGUGGUAAACUCUCGGACGAUAGCCAGCUGCAGAACAUUCCUAUAGACUUCACCAACUUUCCUGCUCAAGUAGACCUGCCAAAAGGCAACGUGGGCAUGGAGGAAAAUGACCUGGUGCAGACACCCAGGGGCCUUAGCGAUUUGGAGAUCGGGAUGUAUGCUCUGCUAGGGGUCUUCUGCCUGGCAAUUCUAGUCUUCCUAAUAAACUGUGCAACAUUUGCACUGAAGUACCGUCACAAGCAGGUUCUGGUGGAAGGACAGGCCACCAUGACCCAUUCCCAUGACUGGGUCUGGCUGGGAAAUGAAGCAGAACUGCUGGAGAACACAGCAGAUGCAUCACCUCAGCAGGAUGAGCACACAACUAUUAUCGACCGAGGCUCGGGUUGCGAGGAGAGCAACCAGCUCCUCAAUGGCAGUGCUCAGAAGAACAUUCAGAGCCAGGUUCACAGGUGUGCUGACUCAGGGGGCAAGCUUGGAAAGGAACAGAAAACUGAACCUUUACAUUCGCCGACAUCUAAACGGAAGCGGGUAAAAUUCACGACAUUCACUACCAUCCCACCCGACGAUGGUUGUCCUACUGUCAACUCAAUCCUAAGCAGCAAUGACGAUGACAUUAAGUGGGUGUGCCAGGAUAUGGACCUGGGGGACUCCAAAGAGAUACGAAACUACAUGGAGAAGUUCAAAGACAAAGUGUAG